GAAUGUGACCAUAAACAAUCUUGCGAUGGCAAAGAAAUUUACGGACGAAGAGCGGUUAGCUCUCGCCGCAAAAUUGGACAAGGAACUAGACGACUUUAUAGAUGGCCUGGAGAAGCGUCCGUACACGGAAGGUUGGCCCGAGGAUCGGUGGCAGGAGGAGAUGGAAAAACAUCCGUUCUUCAUGAAGAAGAUGCCGGAGGCGGGCGAACCACUUGAUCCGCUCAUGGAGGGCCUGCAGCAGUUAAAAUACGAUCCUAACGAAAAUACACCCGAAGAGCUAGCGAAUGCGUACAAAGACGACGGUAACUUCAACUUUAAGCACGGAAACUAUCGGCUUGCCAUAAUCGCGUAUACUGAAGGAUUGAAGAUCAAGUGUGAAAACGCCGAGACCAACGCGACACUUUACAACAACAGAGCCGCCGCGCAUUUCUUCCUGAAAAAUUACCGUUCGUCCCUGCACGACUGCAAGUGGGCGCUACGACUGAAGCCGAACUACCGCAAGACGCUCGGUCGCGCUGCCAAGUGCUGCCUCGAAACGCGCCAGUUCGAUCAGGGAAUCGAGUACUGCGACCUGCUGCUCGGCGGCGAUCGGACUCCCGAAAUCGUCCGGCUGCGGCAGACGAUCGUGAACGAGCGAAAGCGACAGGAGAAGGAUUCGAGGAAAGCGCGCAGGGGCGAGGAUAGGAAGGCGGACGCGCGGCGGGAGUUGAUGAAGGCGAUCGGCGCGGCGGGGGUCGCGUUCGAGGGCGACCUGCGGCCUGUCGUUCCUGAGCUGGCCGAAUGUGCGGUGCAUUUGAACGACGGUCGGUUGGUGUGGCCCGUCAUAUUCACGUAUCCCGAGUAUCAGGUGAUGGACUUUAUACAGGAAUUCGACGAAUAUGACACAUUUCGGGAGCAUUUAGAUCGCGUCUUCGAGGAGAGCCCCGCGUGGGAUGCAGAGAGCAAGUAUAAAGUGGCAGAUUUGCACGUUUACCUCGAGUCAUCUGGAAAGUUACAGCGGUUCGACAUCGACAGUAAAUUACGUGACGUACUGAAAUGCAAGGGUUUGCUAGUGAAAGGUGGUACUCCGUCGUUUAUAAUAUUAGUCGGUAACAGUCCGGCAGAACUUGCUUUUCUAAGUCGUUAUAAAUAGAUAAAGAAACAAAA